GAAAAAAUUAGUUUCAGAGAUUGCUAAUGUAUUCAUGUUUGCUGCAUUGGCCUAGCGAAUUAGAGCAAUAAAAUCUUAUCUAAUAGAAUUCAACAUUUGUAAUCCCAAGUUAUGAUUUCACAGCAUAGUCUACGACGUGCUCUGCAGUUUACAGAAAGUCAAAUAAUUGGGUUCACUCACAUUACCGGCUCCCAUCUUAGGUUCGGAUAAGGCCAUAAGGGUCUGCCGUGCAGCCUAUUUGGGAAAACCAGCUUGUUUGUCAAAGCGCUGGGACUGUUGAAAUCUUGAUGGUCGCAUAAUUUUAUUCUUUGACAAGCUAUGCCAGUAAAAUCAACUUGUUUGCUCGGUGCCCAGUGCAACUGCACGAAGCAUUUUUUUCCCGUUUACCCUAAAGCACUUUGCCUCUAAGCAUCGGGUUAGGCGAAGAAGCUUUAUGAAGUAGUCUCUGGCGUUUGAGCAAGGAGUAUUGCACGUUGAGCACUCACCCAAGUCUAUGGUCGUCCAAUGAACUGAAACUAGUGUAUCGUAUUUCCGGCGUCAUUGAGACCAGACCCCUACUGGGCAAAACGAAUCAUGACGCCUUCCUUUUCUGCCUUCCAUGUGAAAAUAAUGAUGAAAAUAAUGUUUCCAAAAAUGACAUUGUGAAACCGUUUUGUUUAUUUGAUAGUGUGAUUUGAUUUUUAAAGUUGUGUGUAAUGUGAUCACACAUAUAAAAUCAAGAGAGGCUUGCCCUGCUUUCCUUUUUUUAUGUGCCAACACAUUACCUCUUCUUUGUUGUUGUCUAGAGUUUACAUACUUGAAACACGCAAUUUUAGGAUGGAAGAAAAACAAAAAAUUCUGCGUGCAGCCAACCGCGGGGAAGUCGAAGUUUUGCGGGAAAUACAGGAUCGCUGUCGGCUGGACUGGAAUCAAUGCAUCUACGACAAAACUGGAGAUUCAGCAUUACACGUUGCGUCCAGAGCCGGUUAUCCUCUUUUUCUUAAGUAUCUCCACGAGGAAGGAGGAAUGAGUUUGGAACAGGCAAAUUUUGAUGGAAAGCGACCUUUACAUGACGCUGCACAGUUUUCCCAGUUCAAGUGCGUGGAAUAUCUAAUUAGCCAAGGUGUGGAAAUCGACCCGAUGAAACGAGCGGAUUGGACUCCGUUAAUGUUGGCGUGCACCAAGCAAGAUGACGCCAUCGUAAAAUUCCUGGCUGAACACGGGGCAUCGCCAAGAUUGCGCAAUAAGGAUGGCUGGAAUAGUUUUCAUUUGGCUUGUCGAGAAGGCAACACAUCCAUUGUAAGUUAUCUACUCAAUCAAGACCCUACUUUACUGGAGAGUCGGAGCAAAAAUGGAAGAACGCCGUUACACACAGCGGCACUUCAUGGACACUUGGAAAUUGUAAAAUUACUGACUGAAAGAUCUGAAAAUGAUACGCAGGAUAUGAAAGAUACUUGUGGAACAACUGCAUUAAUGGAUGCCAUUCGUGCUGGUCAUGUAUCGAUUGCUCGCUAUUUGGUUGAUGCCAAAGUCUCUAGUUUUGAAUGCCGUGACGGUUUAGGCAGAACACCAAUACAUUUAGCAGCUCAGGCUGGCUGCAUUCCAUCUAUCGAUUUUCUUCUUGACGAAUGUCACAUGGAAGUCAAUUCUCCCGCUAGCGAUCUGUCUCGACCAUUACAUUUGGCCGCUAGGGAAGGCCACGCCAUAGCUGUUCAACAUUUAUUAGAACGAGAAGCAGAUGACUCCCUGAAAGAUUCGCAUGGCAGAACAGCCCUGAUGGUGGCAAAGGAUUAUGACCAGCUCAGCUGUGUGCAACUCCUAGAAAAGACCAGACCAAACGACAGUGUGUAGAUCUAUGCACUUCCUAACGCAAUUUGUGUACGUUUUGCAACCUUUUCAAUAAACGUGUAGUGAAAUAAG